ACUACGGGUGAUCACUGGUCAGCACGGAUUCAAUGGGCCUAAUGGUCUGUUUCUCACUGUAUCUCUAUAAAAACUAAAACUAAGGUGACUGAAGCUUAACGGGAGGGGUAGUGUUAAUGUAAGGGACACCCCAACUACGUAGUUAUCCAAUCUACCUGUGGCUUCACCAGAGUAGUAGAGACAAUAUUGUGAGCAGUAAAUGUGACAGUGCAUUCAGUCAGAAUCUUUCUCUUUGGUUGGAGUUGUCAAAGACCAGAGGGCAGACAGUAACUUUAAGGUGAGGGGGGAAAGAUUAAAAGAGAUAUGCGGGGCAAGAAGGUGGUGUGAGAAGUAGAGUGGGCAUCAGAGAAGGUGGACGGGGUGAGCCAGAACAUCUCGGAGAUAGUGGACCCUUCAGGCCCAAUCUUAAUCUCUGAAACCUUAAAUUGAAUCUUGGGUGCUAAUGGUUCCUCCGUGAGUCAUACACCACCGAAACAGGCCCUUCGGUCCAACUCAUCCAUGCUGACCCACAUGUCCCAUCUGGGCUAGUCCCACUUCCCUGUGUUUGACUUCUUUACCUAUCAAUCGGUCAUUCUUUUACUGCAUAUUUUUAAAUUACCAAAGCAAACGUUUUUAUAUUUAGUUUAGAGAUACAGCGCGGAAACAGGCCCUUUGGCCCACUGACCGGUGAUCCACCGCACACCAACACUAUUCUACACACACUAGGGCAAUUUACAAAUAUAUCAAGCUGGAAUGUUGGAAGAAACCGGAUCACCCUCACGGUGACAGAGAGAACGUACAAACUCCGUACAGACAGCACCCGUAGAAAGUCUUUUGGAUGUGAUGACUUUUGGAAGUCAUCACAUCAGAAAUGAAUAAAUUAAAACAGUGGUUUGAUGUCAACAAAUUGUCCCUAAAUUUAAGCAAAACAAAGAUUAUGCUAUUUGGAAAACAUAAAAUAAACCCUCAAGUACAAUUGAAAAUAAAUAACAUAAGUAUAGAAAGAGUAUAUGAAAAUAAAUUUCUUUGUGUGAUCUUAGACCACAAAAUCUGCUGGAAACCACAUAUAAACCACGUCAAAGCAAAAUUGUCAAAGUCUAUAGCAAUAUUGGGAACAUCAAGACACAUUCUGGACCACAAAUCAUUACAUACUUUGUAUAACACACUCAUAUUGCCAUAUCUGAGUUACUGUGUGGCGAUAUGGGGUAACACCUACAAAACCAACCUACAGCCAUUAUGCACAUUACAAAAAAGAGCAAUAAGAAUUAUCAAUAACGUUGGAUAUCUUGAACGUACCAAUUUAUUAUUCUUAAAGUCACAUACACUGAAGUUCACUGAUCUGGUUAAAUUUAAGACUGCGCAAAUCAUGUACAAAGCAAGAAAUAAUUUAUUUCCAAGAAAUAUACAAAAACUGUUUAUGGAAAGACAGGGUGGGUAUAAUUUGAGAGGGGAACAUAAUUUUAAAAAACUCAAUGUCAGAACAACUCUUAAAAGUAUGUGCAUAGCAAUCUGUGGUGUGAAUUUGUGGAAUGGUCUGGAACAGGAGAUAAAACUUAGCACAAGCAUAAUUCAGUUUAAAAAGAUGUACAAAACACUUGUUUAAAAGGAUAUUGGGAUGAGGAUAGGUGAUUGUGAUAUUUGUUAUACUGAUUGUAUUGGAAAGGGUGAUUAUAGAGUGAUGGGUUGUAUAUAUGACUAAGAUACUGUAUAGUAUCUGCGGCUUUUUUCUUUUCUUUUUCUUUUUUUCUUUUUGUAUGGCUUUGUAAAUAUUUGAUUAGUGUUCAAAAUGUAAAUAAUUUGGCGUACAUAUAGUGGCUGGUGUACAUAUGGUGUACAUAUAGCUGCUAAAUUUGUAUGAGAUAAUUACAAGCAGUUGAAUAAGGGGUGGGAAUUAAUAAGCUUUGGCUUCUUCCUGCUCCUUUUCGGACACAUAUGAUUUCAUUUAUUUAUAGAUAUUGUUUGCGACACUUUAUAAAUAUUUGUGUUUUGUUUUUUGUAUGCUGUUUCACAUUUGCGUUUUAUUCUUUUAUUCUGUCCGAAAUAAAUAACUAAUAAAAAAUAAAAUAAAUAAAUAAAUAGAAAGGACGAACCCAGUGUAUAGCGCUGUGAGGCAGCAACUCUGCCACUGCAUCACCGUGCCAUCCUUUCGAAUUUCUCAUUCAUUUUCAGGCAGGUAGAUGUGAAUUAGAAAAGGUAGAUUUUGAAGGCGCGCCCUGCAGUGAUGUCAAAACACCCAGGAUGCCCUACAACGAUAUCAUGCAACUUUUGCCCAAGUCAAUAUCCGGUAGGAUUUGGGACGACGACCUGAAAGCCCCAUUUUUUGUCUACAAGAAUGGUACGACAUUCCACGAGGUCUGGUACGAUGAUCCAGAGAGCAUUUCGUGGAGGACGACUUUCUUGAAGAAGUUCAAGCUGGGAGGCAUUGGCAUUUGGAAGGCAGAUUUUGCCAAUUAUAGUUCUGAUCUCAUUGCUGCGAUGAAAACUGAAGAGAUGUGGAACGCUCUCUGCCCUCCCUGAGAGAAACGCCAAGCUUACAGUCAUUGCAUUGUUAUCAAUGUGACCAUUACACUUUGCAAUUAAACCUGGCUUUGAGUGAGCUAACACUGAACACACACACAAUUAAAAUAUUCAUGCAGAUCUGGGGAUUAGUGCUUUGUCUAAAGAAGGAAUUAUUAUCCUCUGAAUAAAA